AUGCGUGCCACACACGAAGGUAGGCGGCCAGCAACAAAGUUGCGGGGACCAGGCGUCGCGGUGCGUGCGCCACCCGGGACAAAGUACCGCGUGUACGGCCUCAUGGUUGUGUCGGGCAACACUGCGUCUGCACGUGCCUCCGCCUUGGAGCGGCACUCUGUGUACGUAUCAAACCUUGACUCCGACGAGGAGGCAACGCAUGGCACGGUAGCAAACACCCCCUCUGCUGCUGAUGCUGCUCCUGGUGCUAGUGGUACUAGGGGUGGUGGUGCCAGCAGCGUGCGGGAGCAUGAUCGCAUGCUAGGCAUGGUCCUCGCACUGCCGCUGGGCGACUCGCCUGAGGGGCGGGCGACGGUGCGCGGCUACACGUGGAGCAGCGCCGUGCCGGCCCACGUGCGGCCAGAUGUGUGGCGGCUGCUGUGCGGUUGCGUUCCGUGCGCCCCCGCGUCCUUGUCACGCCAGCAGGCGGAACUGCGCCGCAAGCGGGCGGAGUACGAAAACUUUGUGGCCAAAUACUACCGAAUUACCAUCACCGAUUUCAUGCAACCGAGCGCGCAGCAACAUGCAGGGCCGCAAUCGGUAAGCGCAGGCUUGGGAGCAUCCACGACUAAGGCUCCUAACAACAAUAAUAGCAGUAGCAGUAGCAGCAGCAUGGAUACGGCGCCAUUGUCCCCAGACGAGCGCGCUAUUCUCUGGCAGAUUGCGUUGGAUCUCCCACGGCACACGUACGCGCUCUUUCGCCACCCUAACACCGCCUCUGCGUUGGCGCGCUGCCUCUUUCUGUGGUCACGACGCUACCCCGCGGUGGGAUACGUGCAGGGCAUUGACGACAUCAUGGCCGUCUUCUUCUUCGUGUUCCUUGAAGGGUCUUUUAGUGAGCGCAACAUCCGGCUCAAACGCAACAGGCGCAGAAGCAGCGGCGAAGGCGUGACGGACUACACGACGGCAGAAGACGUGUAUAUCCCCGAGACGGUCGUCUUCACACGCGACGUGGGCGAGCUGGGUGCUGCUCUGCAGCAGCUGCCAGUAGAUUUGUUCAAAGCAGCAGAGGCAGACGCGUACUUGUGCGGCGGUUUCUUUCUCUCAUGGCUGCAGGACAACUUUGUGCAGGGACAGCCUGGUCUUCUGCGCAGCAUGGCGCUCAUAGAGAGGCUGCUGGCGCAGGUGGACUCGGUGUUGCUUGAUGCAGUUGCAGGGUACGGUAUCUCACUGAUGGACUGCUGCUUUCAGUGGGUUCACUGCCUCCUGGCGCGGGAGCUGCCGCUGGAGUUGUUGGUCGUGCUGUGGGAGAAGUACUUGGCGAUUGGGAACAGUGAGACAGUGAUGGACUUUCACGCCUAUGUGUGUGCGGUGCUUCUAAUGGAUCUGCGUGACAAUGUGCUCGAUAAGUCAGUCGAUGUGGUUCUCCAACGACUAAAGGACCCAUUGGGAGUACGAGGCAAACAGAAACAGCAGCAAAAGCCCCUGGAUGGCGUUGUGUAUGAUCGCCGCUGGAUCGAUAAGAUCAUCGCCGCGGCGUCACGCUUGUGCCAUCUGCACCCGGCCUCGUCGCUGGCCUGA